AUGGGAGAUCAAACAGUGGAACCUAAAGAAGGCAUACCGCCGACGGAUGUACAACAAUCCGUGCAACCACCUGUUGGAGCCUCGGUCGACGACGGGAAACCAGUUUCUGCGCCAGUGGGACGCAUUGCUCACAUGGAAAACCCACUGACGAAACGGCGGGUCAGUUCGAUUGAGGUCGUCAAAGGCGCUCCACCACCGAAAAGACAAUCAUCGGUCGUGGUAUUCGAGACGCCUGAUAUACCAAAAAAGGAAGAGUUCAAAUCGAAAAGCACACAUGAUUUAUAG